AUGGCAAUUGUGUCCCUCGAGAAGAAUAGUGAUGGCGAGUCGAGGUUCACUGGUAGCUCAAACAUUCGGGAUUUUGAGUUCAUUGACAAGCUAGGAGAAGGAACUUUCGGUGAGGUUUAUAAAGCGAGAUCAAAGAAGACCAACACUAUAGUUGCGCUCAAAAAGAUUCUCAUGCACAAUGAAAAAGAUGGGUUUCCCAUAACAGCUAUUCGAGAGAUCAAGAUUUUGAAGAUUCUCUCUCAUCCCAAUGUUUUACAACUCAAGGAGAUGGCCAUCGAACGGGGCAAAGGUGAAGGGCGAAAAAAGCCCAGCAUGUACAUGGUAACCCCAUAUAUGGAGCACGAUCUUUCAGGCCUUCUAGAGAAUUCAGAUGCUCUUUUCACAGAACCUCAGAUCAAGUGCUAUAUGAUGCAGCUCCUAGAAGGGCUUCGAUACUUGCAUGCGAGCCAAAUUUUGCACAGAGAUAUGAAAGCCGCCAAUCUUCUCAUUAGCAACGGUGGUAUUCUUCAGAUUGCCGAUUUUGGCCUUGCACGACCCUAUGAUGAAGAACCUCCGCAGCCUGGAAAGGGUGGGGGGAAGCAAGAAGAGAGUAUACAGCUCUUGUUGUCACUAGGUGGUACCGCCCGCCCGAGCUGCUUCUAUCUUUGCGAAAAUAUACAACAGCCAUCGACUUGUGGGGAAUGUGUAUUUGGCGAAAUGUUCAAAGGAAAGCCCAUCUUGUCUGGAAGAAGUGAUCUUGAGCAGUUAGAAUUGAUCUUCAAUCUCGUUGGAAGUCCCACUGAAGAUAACAUGCCUGGAUGGAGUACACUACCAGGCUGUGAAGGAGUUAAGAGCUUCGCAUAUAGUCGCGGAAAUCUUCCAGGUUCCUUCAAAGCACUCAGCCCUUUGGCCAUCUCCCUACUGAGUGAGCUUCUAAAGCUUGACUGGCGAAAACGCAUCAAUGCUAUAGACGCUUUGAAACACCCAUAUUUCACCACUCCACCUCUCCCAGCGCGUCCUGGUGAGAUUCCCUCUUAUCAGGAUUCCCAUGAGUUUGAUCGAAAGAAGUUGCGUAAUCAGCAAAAGCCGUUCCCUCCAGCUCCAGCUGGUGCUGUCACCAAUGGCCCGUCCAGUGGAGGCUGGACUGGCUCUAGCUCUCGAGUACCUAAUUCUGGAAACAGUCGUAUACCAGGUGCUGCUCGGGGUGGUCGAUCCAAUAAUGCACCAGUUGGACCCGGAAAUAAUAACCGACGCGGGCCAUUCCCGCCAUCACAAAACAACGGCCUUCCUCCGCGGCCUCCUGUUUCUGCUCAUCAGACUUGGGAGGGACCACCUGGUCGGGGAGACAGAAGAGAUGACCAACGGCGGGAUCAGUUCAACCAAAAUCGUCAGAAUGGCAGAUUCUCGAGCAAUGUUGACUCUUAUGUACCCCAUUAUGGUAACCCUAAUGAUCGUGCCCAAGAUGCAAGCGAUUAUAAUACUCGGAAUGCAGAUUGGCGUGGGUCAAAUCGCUUUGACCAACGCCGUGAUUAUCACCGAGAGCCGCGGCGAAGAAGCAGGAGCCCUAGUAACAGGGAUGUUAGCAAAGAGGCGAGCAGAGAUGCAAGCAAAGGGCCUUGA